ACUUUCGGUUUCCACUGCCUUUAGCCCUGGUCGGUGAAGACACCGUCACUUCUGAGAGGAGUUCGCAUAUGCUUAUUUUAUUUAAUUGUUUAGGUUCAACACGUUUCAGCGUGACUACGGCAUGGCUGUUGGCAUGGGAGGAGCUAUGCUGUUUUAUCAAGUGUUUGUCCCACUGCUAUUGGUUGCCACACCGUCAUCUUCAGAAGAAAAGUUUGGCCUGACAGGAGGGUUUAUCGUGUUGCAGGCGAAGCCAAUGCCUAAAAAUGUUUCCAACAUUAUCUGGAAACACAACAAGGACAAAGCUGCAGAAUGGUUUGAUGUCGAUGAUGCGCCAACCUAUUAUAACAUAUUUAAAGAUGUCACUACACUGAAUAUGCAAACCUGGGCCUUGAACAUCUCAAACCUCCAGCCACAUUUCAGUGGGAAAUAUUCAGCUGAGGUGAACAACAAGGACCCAACUCAGUUUGUGACCUUAACUGUACUUGGGCCAGUUUUAAAGCCUGAAAUCAGCAUGGACUGCAUUGAUACCAAACCCAACUGCACCCUGACCUGCCAGGGAAAGGAAGAUAAAUACACAAAGUACACCUGGGCUGAUGGCACUAAAGAGUGGUCUGAAUCUAAACUGACUGUGGAGAGGAAAGACCAUGAUGUGAUCUACACCUGUAACUUUAGUAAUCCAGUGGACUGGGCAUCCAGUCCAGGGACAGUCAAAAAAUAUGUACCGCCUCCAUCGCCGUCACCAGGACCUGGUACAGCUAUUGCAGUUGUGGUGGUUGUGGUGUUACUUUUAAUUGCAGCGUUAAUUAUAGUUCGACUUUGGCAGGUGUUAAAAAGGAAAGGAAAAAGUUUGACUGAUCUGUGGACAAUGUCAAGCCAAGACAGAACAGACAUAUGGAGAUCAUAUAUAUCUUGCAAUAAUGGUAAUUAAAAAAUAAUUACACUA